CACAGGUUUGUUUAUAUCAUGAAAUCAAGCCAUCUCCGACCUCAGUAGAUAAGGAAUGUACACAGAGCCACACAGCACACAAGGGAAGACGGCUACACAACUGUGAUACCUACACAAUUUUGAUAUUUAGAAAGGGAGAUUAUGGCAGCAGCCAGGGUAUCAGUGCCUGGCAUGGGCACUGCAGUCAUGGACACAGAAGACUACAGUGCUUACGCAAACAUGACUGAUGACCAGCUCCUGCAGUUGGCUAUCGAGAGAAGUCUAGCUGAAACAAACUCGACACCCAGACAGAACCAGGCUUUCUGCUCCAACAUGCAGCCACUAGACCGCUAUUCACGUGUCAGGCGGACUCAAAACUUCCCUCCACGUGCAAACCCUUCUGCAAACCCACCAGCAAACCCACCUGCAAACCCACCAGCAAACCAACCAGCACACCCACCUGCAAACGCCUCUGCAAAUCCUCCCAUUGAGAAAAAGUGUACAAAAAUCAACAGAGAUGCUCAAAACCAUUACUUCAGCAAAGACAAUAAUCAGGUAGUCGCCUGGACAAGACACAAUGGAUUCCUGCGGGUUACAGUGGAAUCUGCCAAGAAUUUGGAUCCUUUUCUCGCAGCUAUUUGGAAUGGUGAUGCCAAGGCUUUAAAAGGCUUAAUACAAGCAGCAUCUAAAAACCUCACAGAGCCUAAUAAAGAAGGUUGGCUACCUCUCCACGAGACUGCAUAUUACGGCCAUGUUGAAUGUCUGAAGGUUUUGCUGCAAGCUGAACCGCAGACCAUUAACAUUCGCACUCUCAAGAACCAGACUCCGCUGAUUUUGGCUGUAGGCCGCAAACAUCUGUCUUGUGUCCAGUUCCUUCUGGAGAAGGAUGCUGAUCCCAACCUGGCAAACAACCAGUGGGAGACCCCGUUAUACAAAGCUUGUGAAAAGGGCUUUGAAGACGCAGUGGGGCUCCUCUUAAGAUUUGGAGCAUCAACAACAAAGUCCUGUGUUCAAGGUGGAACUCCGCUACAUGAGGCAGUGAGGCAAAAGAACCUGGAGAUUUGCAAAAUGUUGCUUCAAGCCGGAGCUAAGAUAAUGGCUAAAAAUAUUUACGGCAUAGACCCUGUGUUUACUGCAGCUCAGUGUGGGACAACUGACGUGCUUAACUUCCUGCUUAUGAAAGGGGGAGAUGUAAACACUGCGGCUAAUGAUGGCGCUACAGCUUUGUUUGAAGCUUCAAAGAAUGGUCAUGGUGAAACCGUGCAGAUGCUUCUGUCAAGAAGAGCUGAUGUUAACAAAAGUAACAAAGCAGGACUGCUUCCCAUUCACAUUGCUGCUAAGAAUGGACACGAUGGGAUUGUUGCCAUGCUGAUACCCAUAACUAGCAGAGCCAAAGUAAAACGGUCUGGCAUCAGUCCUCUCCACCUGGCAGCAGAGCGCAACAGGGAUGAUGUUGUUGAGAUCCUGGUCGACGCUGGUUUUGAUGUCAAUGCCACUCUGUCUAAUGAUUGGUCCAAAAUGUAUGAGGAUCGCCGCAGCACUGCCCUGUACUGUACUGUAGCCAACAGUAAUAUUGAGGCAGCUAGCAUGCUCCUGGAGGCUGGUGCAAGCCCAAACCUGGACACCUUCAACCCUCUGCUCGUUGCUGUGAGGAAAGGUUGUAUGGAAAUAGUCCAGCUGUUGGUCAAACAUGGCGCUAACGUUAACGCUAUUCUCCCAACGCACCCGACAAGCUUCCCAGCUGCUCUGAUUUUCUGCUUGAAGUAUCUGCCCAUGUUUAAGUACCUAAUGGACAAUGGCUGUGAUGCCCUGUCAUGUUUUAAGUGUGAUUAUGGCAGCAAUCCUCAUCCACCCAUCAAAACCAGAAGGACUGGAAGGGAGGGGUUGUUUUGUGCCUUUGAUGAACUUACAGAAGGCACUGUGCAGUUCUGUGAGAUUGUCUCCAGCCCCUUAGUCAGCGGUUGGGCAGGACCCCUCAUAGACAUUCUGCUGGACUAUGUGGGUAAUGUGAAAAUGUGUUCUAGACUCAAUGAGCACCUAGAGAGCUACAUAGAUUGGGCACACAUCAAAGAGAAAUCAAUGCUUCCAUGCACCUUAAUGCAUCUCUGCAGACUGAAGAUUCGCAAGUGCCUGGGAAUGUACAGACUGCAGAGGAUCAGUAGCCUUCCACUACCUGGCAGACUCAUGAAGUUCUUAAGGCAUGAGCGAGAAUCAUUUAGAGAUAUUCUGUAAAUUAAGAGUAAAAAGACUUAAGAUACAUUAAAUGGUCUUUUUCUUUGCUGUUUUUAGAACAUGUUGUUUUAGUGGUUUCACUGGUUUUGUCAAUAAGAUAUUUAAAAAAAUAGUGCAUACAUUUGAAUAUAUAUGUGUAGGAAUAUGCAAAACUCUCAUAUUUUACAAGAUGACAGCUAUUUUCUACUUUAAUAGCAACUUACUCAUCAUAGCUGCAGUUUAGUGAUUACUGGAAAAUGUAAAGAUGAUAAUUUCACUUCAUUAUUGUACAAAAAAAGACAGCUAAAAAAAGGAUCAAUAGAAGCUCACACAGUAUACAGGUAUGUAAACAUUUAUACAUAUUCAGUAUCCAUGAAUGAAGUUUAUAUGCAAAAAUGACAUAAUAUUUGAACACUGUGCAUUUUUUUUAUAUAAUUGUAGAAUUAUAAUUUCCAGGCUGCUGAAAGAAAAACAGUAUCAGUCAAAAGUUUGGACACCUUCUCAUUCAAUGUUUUUCUUUCUAUAUUAAUUUAUUGAUUUUCUACAUUGUAGAUUAAUAUUAAAAACCUGAAAACAUUUAAGUUACACAUAUGUGGAAAAAGUGUCCUACACAAUUCCCUGACCUAAACCCAACUGAGAACUCCUCCUACCUCAUGAAGCCACUGAGAUUAAAAUACCAAUAGAGUGAAAAUCAAAGCUAAAUGUGGUACUUAAAAGAAUCUAAAAUAUAAAACAUAAUCUGGUUAGUUUAACACUUUUUGUAUACUUUUAAUGUUUAGCUUUAAUGUCUUUAAUUAUAACUUUACAAUGUAAAAAAAAUCAAGAAAAAAAGAAAAUGCUGUUGCCAAAAGAGCUGGCCUUCCCUGUGAUGUCCUAAAACAAAUAUAUUUGACUUUUAUACCCAAUCCUUAAGUAUUCUAGCCCAGUUUGGGGUGGACUGACAAAAAAAACUCUCAGAGGAGCUGGAAAGGGUACAAAAACGAUGCUGCAGGAUCAUUGGCAUUCCAUCAUCAUUUCUUCCACUACUCAGUGAAAGGCAUGAUGAGGCUACCUUUCGCAUCCUCACAUACUUAAGGACGAAUCAUCUCCUCUACAUGGCUUUUUGCCUACAGCCCCAACAUCUACUUACUCACUUUGUCGACAGCAGGAAUUUUUAAUAACCUGUGAGCAAAACUAAAAGAUAUUAACUCUCUUCUAUUCCUCAUGCUCCUAAAUUGUUUCUUAAGUGACUUAUUUAGUUAUUAAUUUACUUUAUGAUAAUACCCUAAAGUUAACUGUUUCUGUUUUUGAUACUGAUUGUUGAAAAUUUGACACAUUUCAGAUCUCACUGCUUAAAAAUAGUUUUUUUGUGCUUUUGUGUGCUGCCUUGUCAGAUUUAAUAAAUGAAAUGAAAUGAAAACACAUUGAAUGAGAAAAGGUGCGUCCAAACUUUAACUUAUACUUUACAAAAAUGGAUUUACAUAACAAUACUGUAGAAUAAAACUUCUCUUAGAGAGGAUACUCUUAAUAAAUAUGAAAAUGUACAGGAAGUUUUGUGCCAUAGUUUUUUAAUUGUGUUGUAAUGUGUAUAAUAUUGUACAUGAUAGAUGUGUUUUUUAAAGCAUUUGUGCGUGUUUAAAUA